GUGGAGAGAUAUGUGUUUUCAUGCAGCUGACCCUGCUGAAGUGAGAUUUCAUCACUGGUUUCAAGCAUUUAUUUACAUUAUACUUUUAAUGUAACCACAAAAGUCUGCGUGAUUUAACAGGUAACUUAGCAAGCACGAAAACAAAACCAGAGACAUGGCUUCAAAGAAGAGCCAGGACGGCGACGACCGUUUUCUUAAGGUGAAGAAGGACCCUCGCUUUUGGGAGAUGCCCGACAAGGAGCGCAAAAUCAAGAUUGAUAAGCGGUUCCAGUCUAUGUUCCACGACGACCGUUUCAAACUUAAAUACACAGUCGACAAGCGCGGCAGACCCGUCAACCACACCUCGUCCGAGGACCUGAAGAAGUUCUACAAGCUGUCAGACUCGGAUGUGUCCGACGCGGAGCUGGAGGAACAAGGAGGUAAGAAAAAGAAGAAGAAAAAGAAGGCACUCAAAGCUGAGUUGGAGGAGAUCCAAGACGAAGAGGAGGAAAAAGACGAGGAGAUAUCAAAGAAAGACAAGAAAACAACUUCAAAACCGAAAGAUACCCCACUCAAGACAGUGCAGCCAAAAAGAGGGGUGAAGGUCUACGAGGAAGGUGAGGAAGAGGAGGCGCCAAGUGAUGAUGAAGAAGGAGACGAUGAGGACGACGACGAUGAUGAUGAUGAUGAUGAUAGUGUUGAUAUGGAGGAGGGUGUCUCAGAAGGUAGUGAGGAGGAAGUGGAGGGAGAAGAGGAUGACGAUGAAGAAGACGACGAUGAAGACGUAGGUACCGAGUCUGAGGAUGAGGAGAGCGAGAGUGACAGCGGCCCCGACUUGGCCAGAGGGAAAGGCAACGUGGAGACCAGCUCAGACGAGGACGAUGAGGACGAGGUGGAGGACAUGCUUCGUCGCGAGGCAGAUGAGAUUGUGCACGACUGGGGCGAGAUGUGGAAGGACGCUCCUCGUGCUGAUGAGAUGUCCCGGCGGCUGGCGGUGUGCAACAUGAACUGGGACAGGAUGAAGGCCAAAGACCUGCUGGCCCUCUUCAACUCCUUCAAACCUAAAGACGGCGUAAUCUUCUCUGUCAAGAUCUACCCGUCUGAGUUUGGGAAAGAGAGGCUGCAGGCUGAGCAGACCCAGGGCCCUAUGGAGCUUGCCGCUCUGCCUGACGACCUGGACGACAACGACACGGAAGAGAAGAGGCUGUACCGAGAGAAGAUCAGGGACUACCAGUUCAAGCGUCUGCGCUACUACUACGCCGUGGUGGAGUGUGACUCGGUGAAAACGGCGGCGAAGAUCUACGAGGAGUGUGACGGCUUCGAGUACGAGAGCAGUUGCUCCACCAUGGACCUGCGGUUUAUUCCAGAUGACAUGGCGUUUGAGGACGAGCCCACGGACUCCGCAGUGGACGUGGACCUGUCCAGCUACCAGCCCAAAGUCUUCAGCUCCACGGCCAGCACCACUGCUAAGGUGGAGCUGACGUGGGACGAGACGGACCAUGAUCGCGUCACGGCUUUCAGCAGGAACUUCAACAAAGACGAGCUGCUGGACAUGGACUUCAAGGCUUACCUGGCAUCCUCAAGCGAGGACGAGGAGGAAGAUGAAGAGGGGAGGAGCAGGAGCAGGAGCAGAUCGAAGUCAUCCCAGAAGCUCCGAAGCCGGCGGUAGAGAUCAGUGAGCCGAAGCAGAAGAGGAAGAAGCCGAGUAAGGAGGACCAGAUCGCCAAGUACAGGGAGCUGCUGCAGGGCAUCCAGGACAAGGAGCGCAGUAAGGAGCGCGAGCGCGACAUGGAGA